UUAUGCGUCACAUCCGGUUACGUGUGGUUGGCUACAUUGAGCGCAUCGCUAGGCAGCGCUGCCAUCUUUCUUUUUCCGUUAUUAGUCGAUUUGGCGCCUUCCUGUGUUGGUUGUUCUCGAUUGUGGUGAUUGUGUUACACGUUUCAAAAUGGCUGGUGGUAAAGCGGGCAAAGAUUCUGGUAAAGCUAAGGCGAAAGCAGUAUCCAGAUCAGCGAGGGCUGGUCUUCAGUUCCCCGUUGGAAGAAUUCAUAGACAUCUUAAAAAUAGGACAACGAGUCAUGGUCGUGUUGGAGCCACCGCCGCUGUAUAUUCUGCAGCCAUCCUGGAAUACUUGACCGCCGAGGUGUUGGAGUUGGCAGGGAAUGCUUCUAAAGAUCUGAAGGUGAAGCGUAUCACUCCCCGGCAUUUGCAACUGGCCAUCAGAGGAGAUGAGGAGUUGGACAGUCUCAUCAAAGCAACAAUUGCUGGCGGUGGUGUCAUUCCUCAUAUACACAAAUCUCUCAUCGGCAAGAAAGGUGGACCUGGAGCUCCCGUCUAAUUAUAGGUACUCACUCAUAUUAAAAGUUCAUACUGCUGCAUUUGACAAGACCGGACCUGAAGUCAACAUUGUGAAAGCUCAUCUCAACAUUAAAUUUUGCAACUAGUGAUGUGGACAGUGGAGUGACUACUGAGAACUCUUGUUCCGGACUAAAUAGCAUAAGAAUAGGAUUAAUUAGCAUUAAGAAGAUUUGAAAUAUGAUUGUAUUAGUAAUUAAGUUUAUCUUUCUGUUCAUUCAUGGACAUUUUUUACUCUGGACAAAUGUUGUGUUCAACUAUUUUAAAAUUAAAAUUAUUUGCAACCGGUUUCACAUCUCUUAGUUUCCCAUGAAAGCCUUGAUCAGGGUGGAGCUGGUGCAAUCUAAUUUUAAUACAUCGACUGCAAUUGUGAAUUGAGUUUUAUGUAAGCUCUAAGCUGUAAAUGUUAAUGUUCUGUAACAACUUGCUCUAUAAUUUUGUAAGGACAUGAUUGUAUUAGAUAUAGCAAAAAAUAAGACAUUGUUCGAAAUUGUAAUUUUGGUAUGAUUGAACUGUUACAAGUUGUAAGAAAUGCGUUUUGUUCUUUAAAAUAUAUUGAGGAAGCACUAAA